AUGUUGGCGUUUCCGAACGUCUCUAUCGCCAUGUACGUCCUUUGGAAAGCUAUCGAAGCGAUCUAUCGGGAUCUGAUCAAGAAAGGUUACUUACGGCCUAUGCCUUAUGGCGAUCUGUUCCUCUACACUGUAUCGACAGCUUACGUCCUUUGGCAAAUCGUUAUCGAACCACAAGCAAUUCGGAAAGGAUACUUGAAGUUCCUACUCGGGCUUACUGGAAACAGGAUGUCCUUGCUGAAUCGUGAUCUCUACGAGCACUUCGGUUACCAGUCACGUUUACUGUUUCCUUAUCGACCAAUGCUCAACACUAAAUAUGUGACGAUCAAUCCGAUGCUGUAUCAGCCAAUAUCGCCGCCAUAA